AUGUAUCAGCAGGUGAGGAUGCCAAGUGAUGACAGCAAGUCUGAAGGAGUGGAUCAGAAACCUACACCCCAGAAUGCUUCUGUUACUUCAACACCAGCCUCUGCAGGUGGUGGGACAGCUUCUACUCCCAAAUCUCAGUCUCAACCAUUAAAACCCAAUUAUACUCUGAAAUUUACUCUGGCUGGUCAUACUAAAGCUGUUUCAUCUGUUAAAUUCAGCCCAAAUGGAGAAUGGCUGGCAAGUUCAUCUGCAGACAAACUUGUAAAGAUCUGGGGUGCUUAUGAUGGCAAGUUUGAAAAAACAAUCAGUGGACACAAACUGGGGAUCUCUGAUGUAGCUUGGUCUACAGACAGCCGACUUCUUGUUAGUGCAUCUGAUGAUAAAACUUUGAAAAUCUGGGAAUUGGCAUCAGGAAAAUGUAUGAAAACUUUAAAAGGACACAGUAAUUACGUUUUCUGCUGUAAUUUUAACCCUCAGUCUAACUUGAUUGUCUCUGGUUCAUUUGAUGAAAGUGUAAGAAUUUGGGAUGUAAAGACUGGUAAAUGUCUGAAGACAUUACCUGCACAUUCAGACCCUGUGACUGCUGUUCAUUUCAAUAGAGAUGGUUCACUAAUUGUAUCAAGUAGUUAUGAUGGUCUAUGUCGUAUUUGGGAUACAGCCUCUGGACAGUGUCUAAAGACAUUGAUAGAUGACGAUAAUCCACCUGUAUCAUUUGUGAAGUUCUCUCCAAAUGGGAAAUACAUUCUUGCAGCUACACUUGAUAAUACUCUUAAACUGUGGGACUACAGUAAAGGCAAAUGUUUGAAAACAUACACAGGACACAAAAAUGAAAAAUACUGCAUUUUUGCCAACUUUUCAGUAACUGGUGGUAAGUGGAUUGUGUCAGGUUCUGAAGAUAAUAUGGUUUAUAUUUGGAACCUUCAGACAAAAGAAAUUGUGCAGAAAUUACAAGGACAUACAGAUGUUGUGCUCUGCUGUGCCUGUCAUCCAACAGAAAAUAUAAUUGCAUCUGCAGCUCUUGAGAACGAUAAAACCAUCAAGCUUUGGCGCAGUGAUGUUUAA